CCAUCAAUGAUCAAACUCUCUCUCGUCCAUUUGGUGAAAAACAUUCAAAAUUCCGAAUCUUUUUCCUGUACGUGCUCUUCGUAGAAUUCGUCGUCUUCGUCGGUGAGAAGAAUCAGGAGUUGUCGAUUCCUCCGUGAAAGUUCAGUGAGGCGAAAACAUGGCGGAAGAUAAGUAUAACAGGAAGAAUCCGGCGGUGAAGAGGAUUUUGCAGGAGGUCAAAGAGAUGCAAUCGAAUCCGUCUGAUGAUUUCAUGAGCCUUCCUCUCGAGGAGAAUAUCUUUGAAUGGCAAUUUGCAAUCAGGGGGCCUAGAGAUUCGGAGUUUGAGGGAGGAAUAUAUCAUGGAAGAAUUCAGUUGCCUGCUGAAUAUCCUUUCAAGCCACCUUCAUUUAUGUUAUUGACGCCAAAUGGUCGGUUUGAAACUCAAACCAAAAUAUGCCUGAGCAUUUCGAAUCAUCAUCCUGAACACUGGCAACCAUCCUGGAGUGUUCGGACUGCAUUGGUAGCAUUAAUUGCAUUUAUGCCUACCAGCCCAAAUGGUGCUCUGGGAUCAUUAGAUUACACUAAAGAAGAAAGGCGAACCCUGGCAGUCAAAUCUCGUGAAGCAGCUCCAAAGUUUGGAUCUCCUGAACGCCAAAGGUUGAUCGAUGAGAUUCAUGAAUAUAUGCUAAGCAAAUCACCUCCAGUGCCUGAAGGCAACCCGGAGUCAGGAGUACAGACUGGCAGUGAAGAAAGUGAAGGUCAGCCGCGUCCGCAAAAUGAUGUUGUUGAGGGUACUCCUGACAUCCUACCUCUUCCAGCCGAAGAUGAUGGGAUUGUUGAAGAACCUAAUGAGACCCCUUCAAAUACACAUGCUGCUCAGACAUCAAGGUCGGCUCCUAUGGUGCCCGCCAGCGAACAACAGCUUUUGCAUAAGCCAGAAGCAGUGGUUGCUAAGCAGGCUGAUGAUCGCCUGUUCACAUGGGCAGCUAUUGGGCUUACUAUAGCUAUAGUAGUUCUUUUGCUGAAGAAGUUGUUGAAAGCUAACGGAAUCAGUGCUGUCUACAUGGAUGAGUCUUGAAUGCUGCUACACUGUGACGUUUGUUCUCUUCCUGACGGUCUUAACAGGCGAAAUGUGAUGAGGCACAGGUUUUUCCAGGCAGAUGUUGGCAAUAUACGGAUCUAUAUACGCUGUGAUAUUAUAGAUUUAAGUUAAGAAACAUUGUGAUUCAGAUGUUGUAGCAGACAGUUGCAUUGUUUUUGAGGUAAUGCUGGCUUCAUCGGCGUCUGCUAUUCUCAGCCUCCUUCAGUUGGUCAUUGCAGCAAAAGAAAUGUCUUAAUCAUUUACAAUGGAUAAUUACAUGAUGACACCUCGUAUGAAAUCAAAUUACACAAGAUUUUUCUGUAUUUUGGAUGGUUAUAAUGACAUCCUCAAAGCUGUCCAAAUACUGAUAUU